UUCUAUGGCAAUGAGGAGAUUUUUAACCAAUCAUAAGAGAACUACACAAAUGAUGGCAAAACAUAUGAUGGAGCCAUGUGAUGUGUUCUUAAACCAUAGAAGCACCGACACAAAAAGAACAUUAGCAACACUUCUUUAUGACCACCUUAAAAGACAAGGUUUCAAUCCUUUCUUGGAUGAGAAAAACAUGAAGCCAGGGGACAAAUUGUUUGAGAAGAUAAACCGUGGUGUUUUGGAGUGUAAGAUUGGUGUGGCGGUUUUCUCACCUCGUUAUUGUGAGUCUUAUUUUUGUCUCCAUGAGCUUGCACUUUUAAUGGCAUGUAAGAAGAAGGUGAUUCCAAUCUUUUGUGAUGUUAAGCCUUCUCAAUUGCAUGUUGUUAAUAAUGCUAAUUGGUCGUUGGAGGAACUUAGGAGAUUCAAAUGGGCUCUUGAAGAGGCUAAGUAUACCGUUGGACUCACCUUCAAUUCCUCAAAAGGGAACUUUUCUGAAAUUGUGACUAAUGCUUCUGACAUAAUCCAUGGAAGCAUGAUAGAACUUCAGAAUGAAGAGCAGAAGAAGCAUAAGCACUUGCCAAUUCCUGCUUAGAUAAUGACCUGAAGAAAUCUAACCAUACAUGCCACCAUUGAUGUGGAACCAGACCGAUUAAUUUCGUGCAUGUUCUAUAUUUUAGAUUUUAAUUUAUUGCUCUAUUAAUAAUCAGGUCAC